UCUCCGCCCCUCCCUGUGUGUUGCAGUGAUGUGCUCGCUCUGCCCAUCUUCAAGCAGGAGGAGCCCCAGCUGUCCCCCGAGAAUGAGGCCCGCCUGCCGCCCCUGCAGUACGUGCUAUGUGCCGCCACGUCCCCUGCCGUGAAGCUGCACGAGGAGACCCUGACUUACCUCAACCAAGGUCAAUCUUAUGAAAUCCGACUGCUGGAGAAUAGGAAGCUGGGAGACUUUCAAGAUCUGAGCACAAAAUAUGUGAAGAGCACCAUCCGUGUGGUCUUCCACGACCGCCGGCUGCAGUACACGGAGCACCAGCAGCUGGAAGGUUGGCGGUGGAGCCGGCCGGGGGACCGGAUCCUGGACAUCGAUAUUCCACUGUCUGUUGGUAUCUUGGACCCCAGGGCCAGCCCGACCCAGCUGAACGCAGUCGAGUUUUUGUGGGACCCUUCCAAGAGAGCCUCUGCGUUCAUUCAGGUGCACUGCAUCAGCACGGAGUUCACCCCGCGGAAGCACGGGGGUGAGAAGGGGGUGCCCUUCCGUGUGCAGAUCGACACCUUUAAGCAGAACGAGAAUGGGGAGUACACGGAGCACCUGCACUCGGCCAGCUGCCAGAUCAAGGUGUUCAAGCCCAAGGGUGCCGACCGGAAACAGAAGACUGACCGGGAGAAGAUGGAGAAACGAACAGCCCAGGAGAAGGAGAAGUACCAGCCGUCCUACGAGACCACCAUCCUCGCGGAGUGCUCCCCGUGGCCCGACGUGGCCUACCAGGUGACCAGCGCCUCCCCGCCAAGCUACAGCGGCUCUCCAAGCAGCUUCGGCCUUGGCGAAGGCAACAGCUCUCCGACUCACCCCGUGGAGGCGCCCGUGGGCAGUGACCACCUGCUCCCCUCAGCCUCCACGCAGGAUGCCCAGCAGUGGCUCCACCGCAACAGGUUCUCCCAGUUCUGCCGGCUCUUUGCCAGCUUCUCGGGUGCCGACCUGCUGAAGAUGUCUCGCGAGGAUUUGGUGCAGAUCUGCGGCCCUGCAGACGGAAUCCGGCUCUUCAACGCCAUCAAAGGCAGGAGCGUGAGGCCGAAGAUGACCCUUUACGUCUGCCAGGAGCUGGAGCAGAGCCGGGCGUCCCUGCAGCAGAAGCGGGAUGGCAGCGGGGACCCCAGUCUAUGUGUGUACCACGCCAUCUUCCUGGAGGAGCUGACCGCCUUGGAGCUGGUUGAGAAGAUUGCCAACCUGUACAGUAUCUCCCCGCAGCACAUCCACCGAGUCUACCGGCAGGGACCCACGGGCAUCCAUGUGGUGGUCAGCAACGAGAUGGUGCAGAACUUCCAAGAUGAAUCCUGUUUCAUCCUCAGUACCUUGAAAGCCGAGAGCAAUGACGGCUACCACGUCAUCCUGAAAUGUGGCCUCUGAGUCAAAGCAGCGCGAGCCGCCUCCACACCCAGCCCCAUGGACCCCUGGACCCCCGAUGUAGACGCCGCAGCUGUGAGCCGCGCCGGAGGGACCGCACCCAGCCUGUGCCCGCGAGGCCGAGUCUCUCUCCCUCCCUCCUCGCUCCGGCUUUGGGGCAGCUCCUCGUUCUUCCCGCCCCACCAUCCUGAAGAGCAGACAGUGGGGGCGGCUUCUCUGAUCCCCUCACUCCCUUGGCGGGAGGCUAGUUAGUCCACUGGGCGUCCGGUUCCUCCUGUGUCCUCCUUCCGGCCGCUCUCCUGCCCCCAGCUGCCGCCGUCCCCUCCGGUAACCAGCCCGCGACCAGGACAGCUGGGACGGGGUGCUUUGAGUCCGCCUCAGUGACCCUGGUGCUGUUCGUCUGUCCUGCUCCCGGGUGGGUGGAAGGUGGGUUAAUUCUGUGCCUGCUUCUUCCACCUCUGAAGACCCGAGGUGGGCCCACGUCUCUGCACGGGUUGGGGGACACACCCCAGGGCCACACAGACCUAGUUCUAAGGCCUUUGGCGGUCGGAGUGGGUGCGUAGAAAGACGAUUUUUAGGCACAGUCUCGUGAGUAUGAAAGGGAGGAGAACCAAAGGCUUGCUCCUGAGCACUGUGGGUAGAAUUUUAUUUCCUAAGCAGUCAUGGGUAAGGAGGGCUGGGAGCUGAGCCUUCGCUGUAUGAUCAGGUGACCUUGCCUUGUCCGAUUCCAGGCCCUCUUGGAUGGACUCACCAAGUGCCGUUUAGAGAGGACCUUGGUGGACCACCGCCAAACUUGCCAGGCUUCCUGGGGACGCUGUAUUUUCUGCCUCUGUAGAGGGUGUGUUCGGAGCAUUUGGCCUGCGUUGGCAUCACCUUUCUUAGUGGCCUGACCUUGGGGAAUAUCGGUGACUGGCGGGAUAGGAG